UCCACAGUUUCAAGUCUCUCCCGUCACUUCACUUUUCCCACAUUUUACUUUUCCUGUUUACCAAACACACUCCCUCUCCUUUAUGUUACUUAGUUGAUCUCAUCAUCAUCAUCUUCUUCUUCUUCUUUCUUCCGCUCUUCACUGUCGGUGGAAUUCCCAACAACCCACAUUUUCUACACUUUCCCUCUGCUUCAGCUCUCUGUUUUUUCGAGGAAAAAACACUUGAGAGUUUUUGUUGUUGAUGAUCCAUGCACGGUUGGAAGCUACUACUCCAUUCAUCAUAAAAGGUGUUUUAAACUGAAAGCUUUGGAUUAUUGAACCCGGGACUGGUGAAAUAAUGGACCACAAGACACGGCUUUGGAGGAAGAAAUCUACAGAGAAGAUCAUUCUUGCAACUGACAAACUAAACCUGUCGCAGAAAGAUAAUGAAGACGAGAUACAGACUCUUGUGGCAGAUAAAGGAGAAUUGGAGAAUGAGCUGAAAGGUUUAACUAUCAAGCUUUCUUCUGCACUUUCUGACUGUAAUUCCAAAGACGAACUUGUGAAGAAACAUAAAGAGAUAGCACAGGAAGCUCUUGCAGGCAGGGAGAAGGCAGAAGCAGAAGCGGUGUCUCUAAAGCAAGCACUAGAUGAAGCAUUGCAGCAGAGAGUUGUUAAUGAAGAAAGAUUAACUCAUUUAGAUGCGGCCCUCAAGGAAUGCAUGCAGCAAUUGCACUUUGUUCGAGAAGAGCAGGAGCAAAGGAUUCAUGAUGCUGUGAUGAAGGCAUCGAAAGAAUUUGAGAAAUCACAGAAGAUUUUAGAGGAGCAGUUGGGAGAGACUGUCAAAAGGCUUACCAAAACUGGUGUUGAGAACACUAAUCUUAGUAAGGUUCUCUUGGCAAAGGAAAAUGUGAUUGAUGAUUUAAACAAGCAAAGGGCUCAGAUGGAGACAGAUUUUAAUGCACUAAUGAUAAGAUUAGAAUCCACAGAGAAAGAUAAUGCUUCUCUGAAAUAUGAGGUUCGAGUGCUUGAGAAGGAGCUUGAGAUCAGGAAUGAAGAGAGAGAAUUCAAUCGUCGAACAGCUGAAGCAUCACACAAGCAACAUUUAGAAAGUGUGAAGAAAAUUGCUAAGCUAGAAUCAGAAUGUCAUAAGCUGCGUCUCCUAGUCCGGAAACGAUUGCCAGGUCCUGCUGCCUUGGCUAAGAUGAAAAACGAAGUUGAAAUGCUGGGAAGGGACUCUGUUGAAAUGAUGAGGAGAAAGUUAAAUGCUAGUCCUACUGGUCAAGGGCUUGACUCUGCGGUUGACAGUUAUUCCGACAGCCCAAGCAAAAGGAUUAAUAUCCUAACUGAGCAGUUUUGUGCAGUGGAAGAGGAAAAUAAGGCUCUCAAGGAAGCCCUUAACAAGAAAACAAGUGAACUUCAAUUCUCCAGAGUUAUGCAUGCACGCACAGCUUCCAAAUUAUCAGAGGUUGAGUCACAGCUUGAAGAAUCAUCUAAAAGUCGGGCAAACAAUGAGUCAACCAGGAACAUUGUUAUGUCACAUGAUAUCUCUCUGGCAUCAGUGUCUGAUGUUGGCAGCGAUGAUAAGGCCAGCUGUGCAGAAUCCUGGGCUUCAGCUUUACUUUCUGAAUUGGAGUAUUUCAGAUAUGGACAAUCAAGGAAGUCGCCAUCACGCAAAACUGUUGGAUCUUCAGACAUAAAUCUAAUGGAUGACUUUGUUGAAAUGGAAAAAUUAGCUUUGGUUUCUGUUGAUAAACUGUCUGGUAGUUCUCAUGUUUCUUCAGAUGAAGCUAAUGGGACCCUUGGACGCUUGCUAACUGGGUCAAGUGGAAAUUCCUUGGAGGUUUGUAAGGAGAUAGUCCCUGUUCCCAACAGUCAGUCUGACCAUACCAUGUUGAACAAUGAAAUGAAGUCCAAAAAUCCAUUGCUUAGCAAAGUUCCUAGUUGGCUUCAGGCUAUACUGAAAGUGAUCUCAGAGCAAAACCGUGAAACUCAAAGAAACUCAGAUGAAAUACUUGAGGAUAUUAGAAAAGCUCUAACCUGCAUGAACUAUCAAAAUACUGGUGAAAUUUUUGAUGAAAGGGAGGGUUUAGACCAUCCCAAAUCCUCUGAUCCCUCUUGUAUUAGUGGCUACAUGUCAUGGAAACCUUCAAAUGGUUCUUCAAAGAUGGAUUCUUCUCUUGGGGAUAUUGAUGUUAACAUCUGCUCAGCAGAGAAGAACAACCAACUGUUUCAACCUGAUUUGAGUAAAUCAAUUUGCAGGAUAAUUGAGCUCAUUGAGGGGAUCAGCUUACCAUCACCAGAUUAUAAUAUCCCAGAGACCUUGUCCAAGAAGGAAAGGAAUUCUUUCUCAUACAAGCAAUCAGAAACACCUUCAGGCUACAUGGUUCGUGUUUUGCAGUGGAAAACUUCUGAACUUUGUGCCGUUUUACAGCAAUUUCUGCAUGCUUGUUAUGACCUGUUGAACGGAAAGACAGAUGCCAACAACUUUACCCAAGAAUUAACUUCUGCUCUGGACUGGAUUAUGAACCAUUGCUUUUCCCUCCAAGAUGUUUCAAGCAUGAGAGAUGCAAUUAAGAAGCAUUUUGACUGGGAUGAAUCACGGAGUGAAAGUGAAGCAGAAGCUGGAAUAGUUGGUCAAUCUGCAGAGGCAGAUAAAUUACACCUCGCUGCUCUGUAUGGCAACAGUAACUUCUUUCAAAAGGAAGAGCCUAAUGUGAGAGAAGAAAAUAGAAAACUAAGAGAUGAGUUGAUUAACAUAGAAGCUGCAAAGAAACUUCUGGAAGAUAAGCUCCGGUCAACCACCAAUAGGAGUGACUCUCUGAUUAAUCAACUUGAGGAAUAUGAAAAAACCAUUGCAAACUUGCAGGCAGAGUUAGGUGCUCUGAGAAAAACGGAAGAAAUGGUUGAAGGUCAAGUUGCAAAACAGAAUUUGAUAAAUGAAAACCUUGAUAAACAGCUUUCCUUGACCAAUGUUGAAGUAAAUGCUUGUCAAACGUUUCCUUCUCAAGAUCCGGAAUCACAGAAUAAAAAUAACAGCCAUGAAGAGUUGGAGGCCACAUGUCUUGACAGUGUGACAGAAAGGGAAAUACCAAACUCUGAACUCAGUCAGGAGGGAAAUAAGCUUCGAACCAACUGGGAGAUUACAGCUGCUUCAGAAAAGUUGGCUGAGUGCCAAGAGACUAUUCUAAACUUGGGAAAGCAGUUGAAGGCAUUGGCAUCUCCGAAGGAAGCAGCUCUUUUUGACAAGGUCAUUUCCACUCCAACUGAUGCCACUACUACAACCUCCACGACCAUUCCAACUCCACCAAAGAAGUUGAUCAGCCACAGAUCCUCUCUGCUAGAUCAGAUGAUAGCCGAAGAUAAUUCUGAAGCAAAAACUCUUGAGUCUUGUAAGGCCAAAGAAAAUAACAGGAUGAAAGAGCCUCUAGAAAAUAACGUCGUUUUGAAUGGAAAUAAACACCAGGAGGACAAUGCUGCAGUUAAAUCUUUAGCAAUCGUUCCCAGCAAAAAACAAAGUGGGAGUUUAUGGAAAAAGCUAUUGUGGAGAAAAACAAAAGAUAAAAGGAAGAAAACGCCCUUUCCAUCUGCCCGAUUGACAGAAUGACAUUAAAGAAGAAAGUGGUGACAAGGUGGAGCUUUCAGGCUGUUGUCACGGUGGUUGCUUUUUGGUUUUUCUUUCGCGUUCGAGUGGGAAUGAAUAAAAGUCUAGCUUUCGAUGGUUGCUUGGGAGAGAAUAUAUUGUAUGUAGUCUUGGUGAAAUAUAUGGCAGAAACCUGGAGAAAGCCAAGAAUUUAUCAGGUGGAAAGAGGAAUGCUUAAUGUUCUGGACGUUGUUAACCGUCUGCGUCUGGUAUGUUCAUUUUUGUUUGUUGGCUAACAGAAGACAGACUUUGGCUUGCUAUUUACAGAAAUCGUACGUAACAUUUGAGUUGA